GACAUCAACACAUGUCACAUGAUCGCUGCCUUUAUUCCAACAUGGCGGCCCUGUCGCCUGUGCUGGUGCUGACAUAUCUCUCCUACUUUCACUCUGCAGUUUUAAGCUUCCCCCUCGAUCAGCAGUCCCACGACACCUCCUCCUGCGGAUACAAGUCAUGCCACGCGACAGUGCCCAACAUGCUCAAUGUCCACCUGGUGCCACACACCCACGAUGACGUGGGCUGGCUGAAGACUGUUGACCAGUACUUCUAUGGAGGUCGUAAUGACAUCCAGCAUGCGGGGGUCCAGUACAUCCUGGACUCUGUGGUGGGGCAGCUGCUGCAGAACCCUGAGCGCCGCUUCAUCUACGUGGAGACGGCCUUCUUCUACCGCUGGUGGAAGAACCAGCCGCCCAGCAUGCAGAAGGCAGUCAGACAGCUUGUUGACCAAGGCCGGCUGGAGUUUGUGAAUGGCGGGUGGUGUAUGAGUGAUGAGGCCACCACCCACUACAGUGCCGUCAUCGACCAGAUGACCCUCGGCCUGCGCUUCCUCAAUGACACCUUCGGGCCGUGUGGACGCCCCCGCGUAGCCUGGCACAUCGACCCCUUCGGACACGCCCGCGAGCACGCCUCCAUGUUCGCUCAGAUGGGCUACGAUGGCUUCUUCUUCGGUCGGCUGGACUACCAGGACCGGAACAACCGGAUCAGGACCCUGGAGCAGGAGCUGCUGUGGAGGGCCUCUGAGAGCCUCGAGCCUCCAUAUGCAGACCUCUUCACUGGUAUCUUACCCAACGGCUACAACCCACCGAAGGGCUUCUGCUGGGACCAGUCCUGUGACGACGCCCCCAUCAUGGACGACCCAGACCUGGAGGACUACAACGUCGACGACGUCGUACAACGCUUCGCGGCGGCAGCCAACAGUCAGGCCAAGGCGUACAAGACCAAGCACAUCAUCAUGACCAUGGGCUCGGACUUCCAGUACGAGAACGCCAACCUGUGGUACAAGAACCUGGACAAGCUGAUCCGCUACGUCAACGCGCGGCAGGCCAACGGCAGCCAGAUCAACGCGCUCUACUCCACCCCCUCCUGCUACCUGCAGGAGCUGCACCGCGCCAACCUCACCUGGACGCUGAAGACAGACGACUUCUUCCCAUACGCCGACGACGCCCACAACUUCUGGACGGGGUACUUCACCAGCCGCCCCGCCCUCAAGCGCUACGAGAGGGUCAGCAACGGCCGUCUGCAGACUUGUAACCAGCUGGAGGUGCUCGGGGGGCCGUCCUCCAGGAAGGGGCCCUUCGGGGCCGGAGACAGCGAGACCCUGAGAGAGGCGAUGGCAGUGGCCCAGCAUCACGAUGCUGUGUCUGGGACAGAGAAGCAGCAUGUUGCCAACGACUAUGCCAGGAGGCUCGCCAAUGGCUGGCAGCACUGUCAGGUGGUGGUCAGUAACUCUCUGGCUGCACUCAGCGGAUCGUCUGCGGGUCGUAUUUACUGUGACAACCUCAACGUCAGCGCUUGUCCUCUCACUGAGGCCAGCAAGAAGUUCUCUGUGAAUGUCUACAACUCCCUCGCUCGCCCAGUGGUGUGGCCGGUCAGACUUCCAGUCAACGCCUCGGCGUACACCGUGUUGGACGCCACCGGUACACCGGUAGACUGCCAGGUGGUCCCCAUGUCCAAAGCCACCCAGCAGGUGAGGAAGGAUCGGGGGUAUGCGGUCAACGAGCUGGUGUUCCAGGCCCAGGCCCCUCCGCUGGGCUACAGCACCUACUCCGUGUCCGUGCUUCAGAAUGGGCCUCCUUCGGCCUCCGCGAAAUCUGGGCCUCCAGCAGCCAUCCAAAACAAGUUUGUUCGAGCAACCUUUGACCCUGCCACAGGCCUACUGGACAGCCUCACCAACCUGGAGACCCAGCAGACCAUAAAGCUGACCCAGAACUUCUACUGGUACAACGCCAGUGAUGGUAAAAGCUCCAUCAGCCACCAGGCCUCUGGCGCCUACAUCUUCAGACCAAACUCCUCCUCGCCCUUCAUUAUAAGCUGCAUGGCUGAGACUGAGAGCAUCCAGACACCGGAGCUUCAGGAGGUGAGGCAGCAGUUUGGACCAUGGGUUUCUCAGGUGAUCCGUCUCCAUAGCAACAGCAAGGCCUUGGAAAUGGAAUGGACAGUUGGACCCGUGCCCAUAGCGGACGGCCUGGGGAAGGAGGUGAUCACCCGUCUGGACAGCAGCAUCGCCUCCUCCGGGGUCUUCUACACGGACUCCAACGGCCGAGAGGUCCUCAAGAGGAAGAAGGACUUCCGGCCCACUUGGGACCUGUUGCAGACGGAGCCGGUGGCUGGGAACUACUACCCCAUCAACUCCAGGGCCUACAUCAAGGAUGAUAAAGACCAGCUGACUGUAGUGACAGACCGCUCUCAGGGUGGAAGCAGCAUCCACGAUGGAUCUCUGGAGAUCAUGCUCCACCGGCGGUUGCUCCAUGACGACUGGCGCGGCGUCGGCGAACCCCUCAACGAGAUGUCCGGGGUGUUCCCGCUGGGCCUGGUGGUCCGAGGCCGCCUCCUCCUCUCCCUGACUCCGCCCGCCCUCGCGGCCGACGCCCACCGGCCCCUGGCCCAGGAGAACGUGCUGCAGCCCCUGCUGUCCUUCACCGAGGGGGGAGCCCCGCCUGGAUCUCUGCUGGAGUUCUCAGGUCUCCAGGCUGCACUGCCCCCUGCAGUCCACCUAUUGACACUGAGCCAGUGGGGGCAGGACUCCCUGCUGAUCAGACUGGAGCACCAGUUCCAGACCAAGGAGAGCAAGGAGCACUCAGUACCCUUUACUGUUAACCUGCAGAAAUUAUUCUCCACGCUGAAAGUGGUGGGAGUGUCCGAGCUGAACCUGUCAGCCAAUCAGUGGAUAGAUGAGAUGAAACGUCUGGACUGGAGGCCAAAGAUGGCCGCGAAGCCCCUGGGAGACCCCUCUAUGUGGGAGGUAAUCCUGACCCCCAUGCAGAUCCGGACCUUCAUCCUCAGAGUCGCACCCCGCCGAUAGCUGACGAUGCAUGACCUGCCAAUCACCACUGCCUUUUAGAUAAACAUUGAGUCAAAUCAACCUGCUAGGGUGAUUUGACAGUCCAUCACUAUGUGUAGGAUCCCUGAUGAGAUCCGUGACAUUUCUAUGAAAUCACUUUUUUACGUUAUCAAUGAUAUGUAGAGGGAGAUCAAGUUUGAUUAUGUUCCUGUUGCACUGAAAUCUGAACACUUGACUGGUAACUUGUAAAUAUCUCUUGUUCUCGUAAACCAAAAAGGAACAUUAACUUGGAAUGAAUAUUCAAAUCAUGUCAUUUUGUCCAUAGAAGUGUUCAGAGAAACACUCAGACAGACAACCUUAUCAGUAUUUCAAUGCCAACACAGUGUGACCAAAUGCUGUAGGAUCAUCUCAUCCAUCAUAUGUACCUAAUAUAUACAUCAUUUACGAUUUUAAAUCAACAUGACUGAA